AUGGACUCUGCCGAUACUAAGUUCCAUACGCCAAGAAAGGAACGACUCGAGAAGAUUGUUCGGGGUGUUCGUAAUAAGCUGACAUUUCGGCAUCUAUGGAGGACGAUUCGUCGAUUCCUACCAAUCAUCAACUGGCUACCUCAGUAUGAAUGGAAGCGAUCGUUUUUCGGUGAUCUCAGUGGAGGUCUAACUAUGGCUGUUUUCGCUGUACCUAGAGGUAUUGCACAAGCAUCGAUCACAGGUGUUGAUCCAGUGUACGGUCUCUACACGGCUAUCUUUCCCUCUUUCAUGUACAUAUUUUUUGGAACAUCGAAGCAUAAUUCGUUGGGUGGUUUCGUUGUACUAUCACUGAUGACCCGAGCAGCAAUCGAGAAGGUCAUGCUCAUGCAAGCUUCUAUGAAUACAUGGGAUAACAGUACAAUGGAUAUCUUUAAUGCAACUAAUCCAAAUCAUAAUCUUUCAACAUUUCCCAUGCCAUUCGAGCCCGAUAGUAUGAAUGAAACAGAUUUUGAAUUCACAAACGAUGAAAUCAACGCUAACGUUUGGGAAGCGUCUCAACAUUCCGUAAAGCCAAUAGAAGUUGCCGCAACAUUGGUCUUUCUGAGUGCUUGCAUUCAGAUUUUGAUGGGUAUAUUGAGAUUCGAGCACCUUACAUGUUACUUCUCUCAACAGGUCAUGUCAGGUUUUGUGGUUGGUGGCUGUGUGCAUGUGUUCUUUGCGCAAAUCGGCGAUAUUUUGGGAAUUCAGCUGGAGAAACGAGCUGGACCCGGCUAUCUUUAUUAUAGGGUACAAGACUUGCUCACACAUCUGAAUGAGACGAAAGCAGCAACUGUUACGAUGAGCGCAAUGUCAAUCACCUUCUUACUCUUUGGCAAAGAGAUUCUUCAACCAUGGCUAUCGCAAAUCUUCCUUUUCCCGAUCCCGUACGACCUUAUACUUGCAAUCGUUGCCAUAACAGCCACAAAUUUCGCAGAACUUGCCGAUCGCCAUCAGAUUAUCGUAGUCGGCAAUAUACCGACCCGAUUUCCACCUCCAUCGUUGCCUCGUUUCGAUCUGCUCCCAUCAAUAUGUAUUGAUGCGCUCAGUAUCGCUGCAAUCGCAGUGGCCAUACAUGUGACAGUGGCAAAAAUUGUUGAGAAACGUUAUGAAUAUAACAUAAAAUGUGGACAG